CCAACAGAUCUAGAUUACCAUAGAGACAUAAACCAGAUAAACAAAAACAAUGGCUGAUCCAGAGAACAUCUCCAUGGAAAGCCAAGACAAGGUCCUCAUAGAAAAAGACGGUCAAUUUGAACUGGUAAACUCAACGGAGGUACAAGCUGACAUUUUGGCGCUAGAGGAUAACAAGACCGAUGAUAGUGAAAUCUCGCGAAAUAUCUCACAGGAAAACGACCCAAUUAAGUCGUCAGCUAAUUAUGAAGCCAAAGGCAAGCUAAGUGACACAGAAGAACCAUUGGCUCCUGAAUUAGAUAAAAUAUCUUCACAGACACCAGACAAAAUGCCAACUCAAGCAGUGGAAAGCAACGACGAUAAAAUAGCUAGCAGCAAUAAUGAUAAUACAACCUUGAAUGUAACUGAAGAAGCAAUAGACAAAACACAGACUGAAGCAGAAAGAGUAAACAUUAGUCAAACUACCAUUGAACCAGAAACAGAAAUGAAAAACGAAGAUGCAGUAACUGUAGACAUGCAACCUGAAAGUGAAAUACGUGACACUAGUAGAGCAGAAGGAAACAGCGCUAUAGGCGAAUCAAUGUCCCUACAGGCAAUGGACAAACCUCCAUCAAGUAGCAUGACCAGUUCGGCGACCACCAGGCUAAGUAGAAAGUCAUCGGGUCAUAGAAAGACUAAAAUGAAUGGCGGUAGAUCGAAAUCAAAACGACUGUCUCUGCAAUCAGCUCCGUCAAGACUCAAAGACAAAAACGAACGUGCGCUAUUGAAUGAGAGAGCUUUUCGCUUGUGGGUAGAAAAGAAAAAUGCAGAGCUUCAGGAAAAGAGAAGGAAGAUGAAAACUGAGCCACUAGAAACUGAAGAAGAUAAAUUAAAGAGAAACCAGAAAGCUUUUGAAAGUUGGCUAAGAAAGAAACAGAAGCAGAUAAUUAGUCUACGAAUGGCAGAAGAAGCAAAAGCCCAAAAUGAGCUAAGCAAGGAAGAGAAGAAAGAGAAAGAAAAGGAAAUGUUUAAGUCCUGGGUUCAAAAGAAGACAGAGGAGAAAACUAAACUGAAAGAAUUAGAAGAGGCCAAAAAGAAAGAAAUGAAUAUACUGGUCAAAAAGACACCUCAAGACAUUGCUCAAAAGGCUUAUAAACAGUGGCUUCAUCGUAAAACGGUUGAAGCAAAACGUGAGGCAGCGAGACAGAAGAGAUAUCGAAAGUUGUUCUUUCAAGAAUCUCAACAACUUCACAAAGCACUCACUAAUAGGUUUCAAGGCUUUUAGCUGACCAACUCAUCUCAGCACAUUAUAAUGCAACAAUGAUUAUUACUGAUUAAAAAGUUUAUAACGAUCAUGUUAUUAUUAUCAUUAU